AUGAAGGUUGAAAAGCCCCGAGCUCGUGCAUAUACGCUGCCAGGCAACAUCAGCACGUUGCAGAAUGCGGCACAGCAGCCAUCACCACCACGAACACCCACUCCCCCAGCACUGAGGGCGACGCCCCCCCAUGAGCCGCACACCACCAACAACAUCAUACGGCUGGACACCACUCUGGCAGAACUCUACCGCGCUAAUGGAAUAGAGGGGCCAUUUGUCAUGACCAUGUACUGCGUGUUUGGGCACAUGGAUCUGCACCCAGCCUGGCCGCGUGAAUUGAUCUACCCAGAGGACGAGGAGCCCGUGCCUUAUUCUGCGCAAAAUGAGCAAGAGAUUGCGAGAUUACGCAAGGUCAUCCUGGGCAUGAAGCCCCUCCGCAGAGCAUUUGGGGUGGGUAACAUGGAUGUGCUGUUCUUCGGGCCCAAUGUCACGGCCGAGGGAAUGGAGAGAGCACUCUCACAGCUAGCGCCGAACCAGAGACAUCGACCUGUGAUUGUGGAUUUGGACGGGCACGAUGUUCACACGCAACUGAAGAGGGCCACCCAGGGCAAGAAGCUCUUGUUCUGGCGGCCACAGGGCUGGAUGGACGAGCAUGACUGUCUUCUUGACCCCAGAGAGAUGUUUGAUGUCAAUAGCAAAAAGUUCCUCAUCACAUCCGGCAUGCGCACGCCGCCAUCUGAAAUCAUCAACUUGCAGGCCGUGGACCUUACUGACAAGUCGUCUUGCGUUUUCUGGACCAGGCCACUCCCCUUCGUGGUCAAGCUAUACCGCGCGGGAUGCAGCUUCGGCACCUACAUCGUCAAGGCGGAGCAUCAGCGUGGGACGAUGGUGGGGGCAAUGACCAAAUACAAGUCGCGCGGGACAACCGAGGUGCUGCUGAGCAAGUAUAUCGACCUGGUGCAGGAUCUGAGUGUGCACUUUAUCGUUGGUGCGCCGGGGACGGUGCAUGACAGGGAUAAUCCUCUCAUUUUGGGGGUCACAGUCCAGACGUUAACUCAUGAUGGGAAGUGGGUUGGGGGUCACAUUGACUUCAGCAUGCAGGAGGAGCUGCGGAAGCACGUGUGGAAUACCGUGCGGGACACCACGAAAAGAAUGCCCGAGAGAUUCAUGGGUUGGGCGGGUGUGGAUAUCGUGGUCGACAGGGAAGGCGGGCAAUGGGUCGUCGAUCUCAACGCACGUUUCACUGGCUCGAUGCCCAUAUGCUUCAUGUCUGGGCACUUCUGGAAGCAGAGGGGCUUACCACUGGCCGAGUUCUCUGCAGUGGAGUAUGGCGGAGACGUGGAUUGCAUCUACACCAGGCUUGAAAGUCUGGUGAAGAGGGGACAGGUUGUUGUCACGGCGACAGCGAGGAUUGAAGAGGGUGUGAACAUGGCAGAUGUGGUGUGGGGUGGGAAAACCCUGAAUGAGUUGGCAGAAGUUCAAACAUGGAUUAGACAGGCGCUUGCAAAAGCAUCCUAG